AUGGCGCAGCAGCCGGAGGAGAUAGGUAUCGAUGCAGAGUCACAGGCGCCGCCGCCGCCGCAGCCGCAGGUCUUCUCGUCCGUUUUCAUGGACGCCAAUCGCAACGUCACCCUCAAGUUCGAGGAUGUGGUUUACAAGGUGAAGCUACCAAAACCCAAAUCGUCAUCAUCACCGUCCGAGAAGGUGAUCCUAAAGGGUGUGACCGGAAUAGUCCGUCCCGGCGAGAUGCUAGCAAUGCUGGGCCCCUCCGGGAGCGGCAAGACGACACUCCUCUCGGCGCUGGGAGGUAAACUGAGAUCCGGCGAGGGGAAACUCGAUGGAGCCAUAACCUACAACGGGAAGCCCUUGUCGAGCAGCAUGAGGCGGACAACAGGGUUCGUGACCCAGGACGACGUCCUCUACCCUCACCUAACGGUGACGGAGACGCUCGUCUACACGGCGCUCCUCCGCCUGCCCAAGUCGCUGACGAGGGCCGAGAAGGUCGGGCAGGCAGAGGCCGUGAUCGGGCAGCUCGGGCUGGACAAGUGCAAGGACGGGAUCAUCGGCGGGGAGGAGCUGCGCGGCGUCUCCGGCGGGGAGAGGAAGAGGGUGAGCAUAGGGCAGGAGAUGCUGGUGAACCCGAGCUUGUUGUUCCUGGACGAGCCGACGUCCGGGUUGGACUCGACGACGGCACACAGGAUCGUGUCGACGGUGUGGGAGAUGGCCGGGAAGGGGGGCAGGACGGUGGUUAUGACGAUACACCAGCCGUCGAGCAAGCUGUUCUACAUGUUCGACAAGGUGCUCUUGCUGUCGGAAGGAAACCCUUUGUACUUCGGGAGAGGUGGGGAUGUGAUGGAGUAUUUUCACAAGCUUGGGUUCGUGCCCCGUGUCCCCAUGAAUCCCUCCGAUUUCCUGCUCGACCUCGCCAACGGAGUGUCGCCGGAGAGCAAAGACGACCCAGUCAAAGUCAAGGAGGAAUUAGUUUCGGCCUACGUAGCUACUCUGGCCGAGAAGUUGCAAGCGGAGCUGCAGGUUCAGGAAACAACACGCGCCGGAGGCGACUAUCGCACACAGCAGCAUUCGUCAGCUGGGUGGCCCACCACAUGGUGGCAGCAGUUCGCAAUUCUAAUCUCCAGGGGACUCAGAGAGCGCAAAUACGAAUCCUUCUCUGCUCACAAAAUUCUUCAAAUUCUCGCACUAGCCAUCCUCUCCGGCCUCUUCUGGUGGCAGUCUGAUGUAUCCCAUCUCCAGGAUCAGGUUGGGUUCCUCUUCUUCUUCUCAGCCUUCUGGAUUGCGUACCCACUAUCCGAUGCCAUCUUCACGUGCCCACAGGAGAGGCGGAUGCUUAUGAAAGAGCGAUCGUGUGGGAUGUACAAGUUGUCUUCCUACUUCAUGGCAAGGAUGGUCGGCGACCUCGCCAUGACGUUAGUCCUACCCAUGGCCUUCGUCAUCAUUACGUACUGGAUGGUGGGGUUGAAGCACACCCCGGGUCGCUUCUUCCACACGCUAGCCGUGCUCCUCUACAGCGUCCUGGCAGCCUCGGGGAUGGGGCUUGCGAUCGGGGCUCUUGUCAAGGACACCAAGAACGCCGUCCUCUUGGGCUCCGUCAUUGCCAUCGCCUCCCAGCUCGCCAGCGGCUUCUACGUCCAGCAGUUGCCGCCGUUUAUCGGGUGGACCAAGUACAUCACCAUCGGCCAACACUCGUUCAAGCUCCUCCUUGCCUCUCAAUUCACCGACCAUGACAUGUACCCUUGCGGCAACGGGAACACGUGUCGGGUUGGGGAUUAUCCGGCAAUCAGUAGCGUUGGCCUUGAUGGGCAGCCGCUUUCGAUGGUGGCGUUGUUCAUUAUGAUUGUUGGCUACCGGGUAAUUGCUUAUCUUUCGAUCAUGAAGAUUGGAGAGGUCAACAAGUAG